GGCAGGUGGUGGAGGUGGUGGCGGCGGCGCGGCCGGGGUACCUGCCGGAGGAGCUGGGAGAGAGGCUCCGCUCCGCCUCCUCCUCCGGCUCGCUGACGCCCGCCUCGGAGGCGCUGGAGCUGCCGGCGCUGCAGCUGCUGGCGGCGCUGCUGCUGCCGCCGCGGGAGCUGGAGGCGGUGCUGGCGGGGGCGCUGGGGGAGACACGCAGCAGGCUGGCGGCAGGGCCCGCCUACCGCGGUCGCCCCGAGCGGCUGUCCCGGCUGGACUCGGGUCUGCGGGUGCUGGCGGCGGGCGCACGCAGGGCGGCGGCCUCCGCGCGCUUCAGAGCCGCGCACCUGCGGGAGGUGCUGCAGCUGCAGGGGGAGCUGCAGCGGCGGGAGGAGCAGCAGCAGCAGCGGGGGGAGGCUGGCGGUGUCCAGCGCGGCGCUGAGGACCGG